AUGGAAGUUACAGGUUUCAGUCAUCAAGUUGGUGGCCAUUUUGGUAUGUUUUGUUGUAAUGGCCAUGUCUGUAAACCUUUAAAUCAACGUGAAUAUUUAUUUUAUUCAUCUGUUGACAAAACUCUUUUUCCAUAUACAGCUAAAUUUUGUGGUAUUGGUAAACUUUCAAUAAAUUUUACUCCUUCUAAUAAUGAUGAAAAUGAUACUGAAAUAAUUGGUAAAAAAUAUGUUGCUAUGAAAUCUGAUAUAAUUCUUGAUUGUCAUACUAGCCAUUUUGAGACUAAUGAUCAAAUGAGAUUUAUUAUUGAUGAUAGUAAUAAAACUAUUUUUGCUGUUGGAAAAAAUAGUAAUUCAUGGGCUAAUCAAUGUCAAUCAAAAGCAAUACAAAAAUUAGUUGACUCUAGAAAUGAUAAACAAUUUAUUUUUCUUGAGGAUAUAGUAUCAAUUUACAAGAAACCAUGUGUAGUGGAUCUUAAGAUGGGAACACGACAGUAUGGAGAUCAUGCAACAGCUGAAAAAAAAGCUAGUCAAACACAAAAAAGUGAAUCAUCUACAUCAGGUACCCUUGGAGUUCGAAUUGUUGGAAUGCAAAUAUGGGAUCAAAAAGAAAAAAAAUAUUAUCAAGUUAACAAGUAUGAGGGGCGUGAGAUGACAGAGUAUCAUUUUCUUGAAACUAUUCUUCAUUUCUUUGAAAGAGCUGGACAGGCAAGGAGAAAAGUUUUAUUUGAAAAAUUAACCGGUUUAAAAAAAGUUUUAUUAAAUGCUGAAGGAUUUCGAUUUUAUUCUUCCUCUAUUCUUAUAGCAUUUGAGGGCAUGGAUUUAGAAGAAAAUAAAGAAGAUAUAAAUGAUAUUGACAAUUUGGAAGAAGAUAUAACUUAUACAGGAUAUGAUGAAGGAUAUCUUCUCGGGGUAACGUAUCUUAUUAACAUUCUAUAUGGGUAUAUUAUUGGUGGAACUACAUUAAAAGAAUUGAUAAUUAAAUUUAAACAAAUCAACAAAGAUAGAGGUAUUAAACGAGAACUAUCUGAACAGGAAAAAUUAAUUAAUAGUGAGGAUGAUGAAGAUGAAGAUGAAAAUGAGGAUAAUAAUUAUAAUAAUAAUUCAAAUGAUAGUUUUCAAUUAAAAAUUUAG